AUGGCUGCAAGUGAAGUCGCUUCUCCCGAGCGUAAACAAUGGUCAAAUCCAGUAGAAUUCUUUUUAACACUAGUUGCAUUUGCUGUUGGUCUAGGCAAUGUUUGGCGAUUUCCGUAUCUUUGUUUCAAAAAUGGUGGAGGUGCAUUCCUUAUUCCUUAUACAUUAAUGUUAAUCUUCAUUGGUGCUCCAGUAUUUUAUCUCGAAUUAACUCUAGGACAGUUUACUAGUGCUGGUCCACUUGUUGUUUGGAAGAUCAAUCCUUUGUUACGAGGUAUUGGUUAUGCAUCAUUGGCAACAAAUUGUUUCUUAGCACUUUAUUAUAAUGUUUUGAUUGCCUAUUGCUUUUACUAUUUGGUUGCUUCGUUUCAAUUGAUUGUUCCUUGGUCAACUUGUGGAAAUUGGUGGAAUACAGCUCUAUGCACAGAUCAGAAAAUGCUAGCGAAUAUUUCUCAGAGUGGACUUGUUCUCAUGAAAAAUAUGACAAGUUCACCAAGUGAAGAAUACUUUUAUCGAAGGGUUUUACAGAUUAGCAGUGGAAUUGAGAAUGUCGAUGGAAUUGUUACGCAUCUAGCGGUAGCCUUAGCUGUUGCUUGGUUGAUUUGUUUUUUAGCCUUAUCGAAAGGUGUUCAAUCAUUAGGCAAAAUCGCAUAUUUCACGGCUCUCUUUCCUUAUGUAAUGUUAACCGUUCUGAUUAUUCGCGGUGCUACAUUGAGUGGAGCUAUCGAAGGCGUGAAAUUUUACAUCGGCAGUGUUGAGUUCGGUGCAUUGAAAAACCCAUCGGUGUGGAAAGAAGCAUGUACUCAAGUAUUUUAUGCAUUGAGUUGUUGUAGUGGAGGAUUAAUUGCCAUGGCCUCAUUCAACGAUUUCAAUAAUAACGUUUAUCGUGAUACGGUGUCGAUCUGUUUGGUAACAUGGUUUACGAGUAUAUUUGGUGGAUUUGCAAUAUUUACUGUCUUAGGUCAUAUGGCGACGAAGAUGGGUGUGAGUGUUGCUGAUGUGGCUAAAGGAGGUCCUGGUUUGGCAUUUGUCGUGUUUCCUGAAGGCUUAUCAAUGAUGCCAUUUGCACCAUUAUGGUGUGUUCUUUUCUUUUUAAUGAUGUGUACUCUCGGCUUUGGUUCGGAAUUUUCAAUCAUGGAAACUAUCAUGGCUAGUAUUAUCGAUGAAUUCAAAACGUAUCUGAAUACACCCAAGAAGAUCAUACUCUUUCGAUUUGGUACAUCCGUUGUGUUUUUCCUACUUGGACUAUCAAUGGUCACACGAGGAGGUUUAUAUGUGUUGAAUAUUAUCGAUCAAUAUCUCGGUGGAUUUCCUUGGUUAAUAAUUGGUGUUGUUGAAUUAUUCUGCAUUGGGUGGGUGUAUGGCGUGGAUAAUUUCUGUGACGAUAUUGCUAUCAUGUUGGGUGAAGAGCGACGUCCAAGUAAAUUCUGGCGGAUCUGUUGGCAAUAUAUUUCUCCAUUGAUUCUCAUUUUUACAAUUCUUUUUUCAUCUUUAUUCUAUCAAGAAGUAACACUUGACGAUUAUACAUAUCCAUCAUGGGCACUUACGCUUGGCUGGGUCGUUGUUAUCGCAUGUCUUGGCUGGUUACCAUAUAUUUUCAUCGUUGAAAUCUGCCGACGUGGAACAUGGAGUAUUAUUAAAGAAGCUCGUUUGCCACAUGUGGAAUGGGGUCCAGCACGGCAUGAGCAUCGUCAAUUGUCAGUUCGAUAUGCGAAGGAAUCGGGCCCGAAAAAUUUAAGCAUGCAAACAUUGUCGACAAUCGAUACAGGCGAUUCAUAUGAUUUGGACGCCGCAGCUAUCGAGGUCAUUACUGCAAGUCCGAAACUGUAUGUGAAAAGAAUUUCUGAUGUAUCAACAACACGUUUUUGA